UUAUUCAUUGUUACUGAGACAUGAACGGAAACAGUUUAAUGUUGUCCUUAAACAUUGUACUUAAAUUGAAAUAUAUGUAAAAAGUGAUAAGAGUGCGCAGUUGGAAACCUUUAAAUAUAAGAGUGAAGUACUUAGUUAUGGCGAACGAUGAUUCUAUUGAAACUGUGAUUGGACGCUUUGGUAGAUACCAAAUAUGGAUCUUUUUUCUGAUAACCGUCGGACGGUUGCCAGCCGAAUAUCAACUGACAAAUGUUGUGUUUCUGACACCAAAUGCUGAAUACGUCUGCAAUGAUAUCGGAGCGAAUUAUACAGCUAACUAUUGUCCGUGUGAUAAUCCUGAAUAUGACAUAUCCAUCAUGAGAUCAGCAUCCAGCGAUUGGAAUCUUAUAUGUGACAGACGGCAACUGGCAAGUUUUGCUCAAUCCAUGUUGCAAGUUGGAGUACUGAUCGGCAGUUUGUUCUACGGGUAUAUUGCUGACAGAUAUGGACGAAAACUAGCUAAUAUAUUAGCCCUAGUAACAGAGGUUAUAUUUGUUGCACUGUCAGCGUUUGCAACAGAAUUUUGGAUGUUUGUAAUUUGUCGUUUUCUAGUUGGAACCGGUUUUGGUGGUGCCACCCUUUGUUGUUAUGUUAUAAUUAUAGAACUCAGUGGAAAAUCCUUCAGACCUUACUUAACUGGCUUGUUGGAAAUACCAUUUAUCGCAGCCUACAUUACAUUGCCAGUUAUUGCAUAUUUCCUAAAGGAUUGGAGGGACUUGCAAUUAGCUUCAUCAGUUCCAUUUGCAUUUACUAUAUUUUAUUACUGGAUCAUACCGGAAUCACCACGGUGGCUAAUUACAAUGGGAAAGAAGGAGGAAGCUGUACAACUUCUCAAAUACAUAGCAAAAAAAAACAACAUGCUUGUUGACGACAUUGAAAGAGUAGUCGACAAAGCGUAUGAAGAAUCUCAAGAUGAAAGAAAACAGCAAUAUGGGUCUUAUCUAGAUUUAUUUAGGACCCCAAAAAUAAGAACAUAUAGUAUGAUUACCGCUUUUGUGUGGUUUUGCUGCAGUCACUCGUUUUAUGGCAUCAACCAAUACAUAGGUAGACUCGAUGGAAAUAUUUAUAUAAACUUAGUAUUGUCCGCAGCAACUCUUAUACCGGCUAUGAUAUACGUAGUAUUUGCAUCGUUGUAUUUAAAAAGGAGACUAGCGAUAAUUGCGAGUUUUGCUUUGACUGCUUUAACGCUCUUUUUAUUCUUGGUAGUCCCAAAAUCAAUGGAUACGUUGAUUUUAGUGCUAACUAUAAUUAGCCAAACUGGGGCAUUUACAGCUUUUGCCCAAGUUUAUCUGUUUUCUUGUGAAAUUUUUCCGACAGUAAUCCGUAACUCUGCUAUGGGCUUAAGUUCAACUUUCGCUAGACUAGGUAGCUUUAUUGCUCCAUUUGUGGUCAAUAUAGGAAUCGAAUGGGUAACAAUAACAAUAUUCAGUGUUACAGUGCUAUUUGCAUGUUUUUUGUGUUUCUUUUUACCGGAGACAAAGGACAUUGUGCUUUUAAAUUCAAUUGGACAAACUGAAAAAGAUGAAGCGCCCCACAUGGUAGAUGACGAAAGAAGCGUAUAAACAUUAUUUUCAACUGUGUGUUAAUUAUUUUAUUAAAUAAAAUUGUUAUUUUUUUA